AUGUUUUAAAAAACCAAUUAAGUAUCACCUAUCAGAACCCAAUCCCCAAUCACUAUUCAUAAAUUAUCAAAUCCAUCUGUAAAUAACAAUUCUACAUAAGCUUAAUAACCUUAAGCAUAAUCUUAUUAUACUAGCUCUAAGAAUACACCAAUUAAACUAUAAGAAUAAAAAUUCGAAAUCAUUUAAUAAGGUUUAAAUAUUCCUACUCAAUCUUAAAUAUCACCAUAGAAACUUAAAAUUACCAAUAGUGAUUUUGAAUUAUAAAUGUUAAGAAAUGAAAUUACAUUUAGAGAUUAAAAAAUUUAAUCUCUAGAAAAAGCAUUAGAUUUUGCAAAUGAAGAUAGAACUAGAUUACGUUCUGUUUUAGAAUCUAAAUCUAUUUUAUGUCUUAAUAAAGAAAGAGAAAUAGCUAAAUUAUUAGCUGCUAUUCAUUAGUUAGAAUUUAAGAGAAAUGAAAAUUAAAUUAUCAAAGAACUCUAAACUUAAAUUGAGACUUUGAAAUAAUUUAUUCAAGAAAAUGCUUUAAAUAGAUAAAGUUUUAAAAGUGAGGAUACUAUUAAUCUUAAAAAUAAAUUAAAUACUAUCUAAGAUCAAUUAAAUUAAUCCAUUAGAUAAAACGAAUCACUUCAAUAAUAUGUUAGUGAUCUUAUGAAAUAAAAUAAAGAAUUAUCUUAAAAAUAUUAAGAUAAAUUUUUAGAAUGCCAAUAACUUUAGAUUUAAAUUGAUUAAACAUCAAUUUAUCAUCAUGACUUAAAAGAAAAUAGUGCAUAAGUUGAUAUUCAUAAAAAUAACAUCAAUAAUAAUAAUCAUUCUUAAUAAAAAUAAUUAAAUUAAGUCGAUUAACAGAAUGAAAUAUAAAAGUUCUUAUCCUAAAUUAAACAACAAUAUUUGGAAGAAUCACCAAAAAGAGAUAUUGAUGAAUAAGAACCAAUUAAUGUUUAUAGACCAAUUUACAGUUUUUAAUCUACAGAAGACAUCCAUAAAAUUGAAAGAUUAAAUAAGUGA